AUGAUCCGGCCAAUCCGUGCUGCAGCGUGUGAUUUUCUGUCUGCCACACCUGCAAUGUAUUUUUAUCCGGAUCAACCCUGGCUGGCAACAGCUCAUCUGGGGAAUCUGGUCACCCAGUUAUGCAGAGGUGGACACAGGGCAGCCCAUCCUUUGGCCACAACACUGCCACCAGAACUGGCUCCUUCCCUUCCUGGGGAAGAGGAUAACGUCAAGGAGGAGGUGGACAAGGAACUUGCAGCUGUUGCCUCAGCAGAAUUAAUCCACACGAGCUCCCUGCUGGGAGCUGAAGGUGCAGAAGACGACACAUUUCUCCUGCCUGUUAGUCUCAGCAAAAGCACGAGUGUUCUGGAGAGACCCAGGAUCCGGCCACAGCAGAAAUCCCAUCUGACAGAGGAGGUGCUGGAGAAACUGAGGGACAUUGUGAACAAGGGGAACCCUCUGACAAGAUACACUGGAUUUGUUCAAGUUGGCCGAGGAGGUUUUGGGACUGUUUACAAAGCCAUCGACCCAGCCACAGGAGAAGUGGUGGCCCUGAAGAAGAUGCCUCUCCGCAAACGGAGCGGAAAGGAGCUCAUCAUCAACGAGAUUCAGAUCAUGAAGGAAAACAGGCAUCCCAAUAUUGUCAAUUAUAUAGAUAGCUACCUGGUGGAUGAAGACCUGUGGCUUGUGAUGGAAUAUGUGGAUGGAGGCACUUUAACCAGCAUUCUUGUCCAAAUCCUUAUGGAGGAAAGAAUGAUAGCUGCUAUCAGCAGGGAGUGCCUCAAAGCCCUGGAUUUCCUUCAUUCAAAGAAGAUAAUCCACAGAGAUGUCAAAAGUGACAACAUUCUUCUCGGAAUGGAUGGAUCUGUGAAGCUGACUGAUUUUGGCCUGUGUGCUCAGCUGACCUUGGACCGGAGCACACGGUGCACAAUGCUUGGCUCUCCUUACUGGGUAGCACCAGAAAUCCUGAAAAGAAAGGACUAUGACACCCAAGUGGACAUCUGGGCCCUUGGGAUUGUGGCCAUUGAAAUGCUGGAGGGAGAACCUCCAUACUUUAAAGAAAGCCCUCUCCAGGCUCAGCGCCUGAUAGCCCAGAACAAGUACCCCCCUCUGAAGAUGCCCAGCAAGAUGUCAUUUCUGUUCCAUGCCUUCCUGCACUCCUGCCUGGACACCAACCCCAGAAUCCGCUGGACAGCCAGGGAGCUCCUGGAGCAUCCAUUUUUACAAACAGCCAUGAGUCUCUCCGUCCUGUCUCAAGUGAUCCGUGUAGCCAGGAAACUCUGUGAGGGCACAGAAGCAGCCAGCUCAGAGAAAAAUCAGGAAUAA